AUGGCAACUAGAGCACCACCAAGACCACCAAUGAUGGGAGGUAAACCCCCAGGUCCACCACCCCCACCAGGUCCACCACCCCCACCUGCCCCAGCACCUCCAAAGACCCAGGAGCGUUCUGCUUUGCUCUCUUCUAUUCACAAGGGUGCCAAACUCAAAAAGACCAAGACCAACGAUCGUUCGGCACCAGUCAUGGCUCCAGAUAAAUCUGGUGGCGGUGGUGGCGGCGGUGCCCCAAUGGGAGGCAUGCCACGUCCCGGUGUCGGUGCCCCACCAAUGGGUUUGCCAGGCAUGAAGAAACCAGCCGGCUUUGGAGCUCCACCACCAUCGGCUGUCAAGCCAGGUCCAGCAUUCCCACCAAAGCUCCCACCAAAGAUUGCUGCAGGUCCACCACCACCAUCGGCUGUCAAGCCAGGUCCAGCAUUCCCACCAAAGCUCCCACCAAAGAUCGCUGCAGGUCCACCACCACCAGCUGCUGCCGGUCCACCAAAAUUUGGUGCCAAGGUUGCUCCACCUCCACCACGUAGAUAA